ACCAAAAUCACUGACGAAAUACCACAGUGCACUUACAGAAAAGAGUGUGUGCCCUUCCCAGGCCACAGACGUGACCAGAUCUCCAGGUGGUACGGGAAGAGGAGAGUGGAGGGACUCCCGUACCAGCACCUGAUCACCCACCACCAGGAGCCCUCCCACCACUACCUGAUCAGCUCCUACGACGACCAUUACAGUCGGCACGGCUAUAACCCCGGGCUGCCUGCGCGCCGUUCCUGGAGCAGACAGAAGUCGGAGUGGCUUCCAGAGAAGUCUGACUUUCCCCUGCUGGCUCCUACAAUGAACUAUGGACUCUGGAAGAAGCUGAAGGGAAGAUGGCUGGCACUUCAAGCUGCCCCAAGGGAGAGCAUCUACACCUCGUCCUACCUCAGACCUCUGCCAUGUGCCAUGUCACGGCGGGAGCACGCCACUCUGGUCCCUCCCUGUCGCCUGCACCCUGUCCCACACUUCUGA